CUCAAAAAGCCUUUGACAAUCUUUGCAAAUAAGGGACGUUUGAAAUAUAAAGCGAAAGCAUUACAUAACUCAUUUGUAUAUACGUGUUCCUGCAGGUGUUUAUUGGAAACAGCGAUGUCAACACCAUGGUAAAACAUCGCUUAACUCCACCAAUCAAAGCGCGAUAUGUUAGGUUGACACCAACAAAAUGGAACCUACACAUCUCCAUGAGGAUGGAACUCUACGGCUGUCUUGACGGUAUGCAAGCUCUUGGUAUGGAAAGCUGUGCUAUUGCAGACUCGCAAAUAACUGCUUCUUCAGAAUGGGACGUCUACAGCAGUCCUAAACGAGCGAGAUUAUAUACUAAGGAGAUUGGAAUUGGAAUAGGGACUGGCGCCUGGUCAAGUUCGACGAACGAUUUGAACCAAUGGCUUCAAGUUGAUCUUGGUAAAAUCACUCCUGUGACACAUGUGGCUACACAGGGGAGGAAUUCCUUCUCUCCUGGACAGUGGGUAACGAAGUACAAGUUGCAGUUCAGCGACGAUGGGGCAUCAUUCUUGUUUUACAAGAGACAAGGAGAAUCUUCAGACUCGGUGUUCGAUGGCAAUACCGAUCACGACACCGUUGUCUAUCACCACCUAAAUCCACCAAUCACGGCACGUUUCUUACGGCUAAAGCCAACGGCAUGGCAGACUCAUAUCGCUAUGAGGAUGGAGCUAUACACAUAUCGAGAAACGUAGAUUCUUGCUCAAUGGGACUACCUUGCUAAUCCUUUGUCAGUAAAGUGCUGCCCAAUCAUUGGUAAACUUACAAAAGACUGUGUAAGACAAUGGUUACUUAUAUUAAUCAACGGUGUAACACAUUAAAACGAACGAAAUUUUAGUUAAAAUUGCUCGAAACUCAAAAAUGAGUCCGAUGACUUCCAGUUUUAUUAUCGAAUUGAGAUUGCAUCAGUUGAUGCUAUUUCUACAUUUUAUAUUCCUUUCGUUACUCACUCUAGUGGUUGGUUGGUUGGUUGCAUCUUGGUUAUGCCUCAAUGUGACUGCGUGAUGCAGUUAUGACUACAGAUGCAUGUGCUAAGUCAUUAUUUGGCUGUCUGACUGCGCGAAACGGUCCUUGCUAACCAUAGAGUCUCCAGUAGCUCAGUGGUUAGAGCAUCAGGUUAGAUCACGGAGGGUCGUGGGUUCAAACCCCAUCUGAAACUGGGAUUUUUUCCGAGUUGAUGCUAUUUCUACAUUUAAUAUUCCGAAUUGAGAUGAGCAUGUAAAGGACAUUCGCGCCCAAAAUGUUUCCUCGCAAAGAUUAUUUUAUAAAAAAGGGGAGUCACCGCGCUCGUUUUCGAUGUGUUUUUAGAAACUUGUAUUAUUUUAAGACAAUUUUAGCUACUAGCAUCAGCAAUUGGAUCGGAUAAACGUACUCAAUUCAACACAACUAAGGACGUCUAUUAAGUGAACGUUUGCAGCUGAUGUUGCCCAUUGAGUUAGAAAAGGCCUUGGAAAAGAACACACAUUAGCCUUACCCGUCGACAUGUGAAGAAACUUCGGUCACACACGUACCAGAGCAGAAAAGGUGAAAUACUGGUUCUAACUUCUCACGUCGAGAAUUUUUCUGUUUUUUUUUUUCUUUGGUUAAAUUGGAGAAAAUCAGUAAAGGAAAAAAAGAAAAGAGGGAGUCAGCGACCGCUUAAUGUAUGACGCGGCGUGACGUUGCGACACGAAUUAUUUGGGCAGCAAGAACACGUGGUAAAAAUUUGCUUGAACGUCCUGAAAAUGCAACUUUUUUUAAAUUCAAGUUUAAGCAAAUUGUGGAAAAGGUUUUAAGAGUGACUUUGACCCGCUCCGCAUUUUCUUUUCAACUAUGUGAAAUAAAAUAGUCGUUAUUGUUGUAAAUGUGGCAGAACACGGUCUCUUCUAUAAAAUAUAUUACAUCGUACACGAAACAACAAACUGCUCUUAUCGAGCAGAGCAUUGACACAACAAAUACAAAUAGAACUGUUUUGCGAAAGGUUGUCAUACAAAAACAUGAAAGCAAACUCGACAAUGUUGGCAUUUCAGCACGACAGAAGAAAACACGUUUCAAAAAGGGUCUUCGUUGUUACCCUGCUUUACGCUGAAACAAAUUGAGCUUCGAUGAACCAGCGUUAAUCUAACACUACCUUUCGCCACUGUCGCGAACGUUUUUUACUUUGAAGACAACCUUUUGCGAAACGGUUGUAAACAAGCACCCGUGACCUGCAGCAUCCACAAGUGAUGUUCGGAGUCAACGUAUCUUUGUAUUGUAGAAAUAAUUUUACCAUGAACUAAAAUAGCGUUUCCGCUGACCGCACGUUGUGCAAAUUGAUGAAUACAUAUAAGUUGUCACUCAAUACGCUUAACUAUAAAAGUGAAAUGUCACAGCCAAGACUUGAUGAAAGUGUUAAGAGCUGCGUGAGUUCACCUGAUAGCUUACAGCUAUAACACAUAGAAUCAAUUUGAGUGUAUUGUGACAGAACCUAGGCAAAUAUUUUCUUGGAAUAAGGGAACUUUCAUAAGUUAAGGGUUACGACUUUUAUCACAAACUCUGCCUCACUUUUUAGGUGACCACUUUAAUUCUUAGUUUUGUUUCUAAAUGAAUAAAGUCUUCACUGUCAGCUGAGGAAUGACGUGGUUUUGUUCUUAAUAAUAACUGAGGAAUCACUGCAGAAACUUUUACUGAAGAUUCCAGCAAGCCAUCCAAACCCUCUACAUAACAAAUAGAACAUUACAUGGCCGCUUGUCGCUUAGUAACACAAAUUUCUUCUUCCCUGGGCUACUAUCAGCAAAAAUGUAUUAGUAUUUCUUUCUUUUCCAAGCCGUCAGAGAACAUUUUCUUUUUGUCUGCUAACGAAAAAAUCUGUUUAAUUCUGAUGCCUAUGAUUGUUUGACGAAAACUCAUUUCCGCAUCAAAGAGUUUACACCAGGCUUGGUUUGCAAAAUGGAGGCAAAGAGACAAACUCUGAUAUGAUCUAAAAAACUUGACAAAGGUGGUCUCAUACCCCCAGAUACAACUUUUUCUCCCAAAAACCAUUUUUUCGAAACAUGAAGAUGCAACAUCUCUUACAAUUUGCAAAACGUAUUUUGAAACGAUUUUGCUCUAAUA